GUAUCACUCCUCCAGCUCAGAUUCCCGGGUUGGUUGAUUUACAAAGGGUGAAAAAAGCAUUUAUUUUUUACGUUGUGAAUUAGGAAACGGGUUUGUUUUCUUUAGAAUGUUAUAAUCUAACAGAAUUAUUUUUGUUGUGUUAAUGUACUUUAUGUGUGCGUUUUAAACAUUUCUGACCUCCGCGGUCGUUGCCGCAGGCGCGGGCAGUGUAGGUUCCCAUCUGAAGCGCCACAAGAGACCAAACAGGUGACACGGUUUUUAAAUAGAUUCCUGGUUUUACGGAGUUGUAUCCGUCAUUUGGUCAGGGACUUGGGAUUGGGAGCUAAAAUCCCAAUAAAAAUUAAAAAAUGAUACAGCAGAGGAGAUAUCACAACCUGUAGAAGAAAAUAAGGAUUUCUGCUACAUCCUUUAAAGACAGGGAUAGCUUUAAGUGACACUAAGAGAUUCCUCUUGCAGCAGUCUCUGGACCUCACUCUUUUCCCCUUCCUCCAGUGGGAUUCGGGAGAGGGGGGUGGGACAGGUAGAGAUGCCCGAGGUGCCGAAGGAAGAGGAGCAGCUGUCCCACGCGGACUGUAUCUGCUCCGUUUGCCUGGAGAUCUUCCUGGAGCCGGUCACCCUACCCUGCGGCCACACCUUCUGCAAGACGUGUUUCCAGCAGACGGUUUACAAGGCCAGCAUGUGCUGCCCGCUGUGCCGCAAGAGGGUGUCCACGUGGUGCCGUCUGCACAGCCGCAACAAGACGCUGGUGAACGCGGAGCUGUGGAGGAAAGUGCAGGCCGCCUUCCCCCUGCAGUGCCAGCGCAAGCUCAGCGGGCAGGACGCCGACGACAGCUGCACUCUGGUUCCCCUACGAACAAUCAGCAAACCUGGUGAACUGCGGGAGGAAUAUGAGGCCCAGUUAAGUAAGCUGGCGGAGGAGAAGAGGGCCCUGGAAGAGGCCGAGAGGCAGGCGAGCGAGGAGUACAUCCGCAGGCUGCUGGCCGAGGAGGAGGAACGGCAGGCAGAGGAGAGGAGGAGGGAGGAAGAGCAGCAGCUGGAGCACGACGAGAUGCUGGCGCGCCUGCUGAGCCAGGAGCUGAACUCCAACCAGGUUUUCCAACCCCAGGGAAACCGCACGCAGGUUGCAUCACAAGUGCAGCACCCUUUGGUAAAAAAGAAGAGGAAAAGUGGUGGAGACAUUGAGAAGUACCUGUCUCCUAUAUCGCACCGAUCUUCAACCUGUCAUGUGCAUCCUGAAACAGGCCAGAGCGCAGGCUUGUCUGCCAAUAAGGAAAACAUCAGUUUCAGUGGACCAGUUUUUAAUGAACAAGGAAUUCCAAAAUUGAGCCCUCAAGCCAAAUCCCGGUUCUCUGAGAGGACGUGUGGGGAACUGGUAGAAGAACCUUCCAUGCCAGAACUGACUUUCUGUGGCAAGAUGGACUGCUGCAGGGAUCUUUCAGAGACACCGAUAAAGUCCGAAGACAUGCAGUGCAGAGACACAGAAUGGGGCCCUGAGCAGAGCACAUAUGUCUUUAAUAAUGGUGGGUGCAGCACGGAUUUGAGGAGCUCCUUCGAGAGCAUGGGGACUGCAGAGAGAGAUGGUGAAUUGAGCGCUGACACCCGUCAGGGUCCCCACACCAAGACAGAUGUCCGGAAGAGGAAAAGCAAGGAGUGCAGGCAAGAAAUAGACAGUGAGUUGGCAAGUAAAAGGUUGAAAGCAGUGGCCAUUGACUUCGAGUCUGGGGGGGUAUCCGAUUUCCCAGUCGAUGUUUCGGGCAUCCAGGAGCAGAUGAAAUUGGAGGAGCAGAUGUUGAAGAGGCAGCAGCAGGAGGAGGAGGACCGACUGCUUGCCCUAAAGCUGCAGAAACAGCUCGACCAAGAGAGUAAAGCUGUGAACAGAAAGAAGGGAUCUCCAGAUGAGUACCCCUUCCGUGAGAAGUUGCGGCAGGCCCACGGUAGCGGCUCAGGUGACUCGGCCACUGGGAGCAGUCAGGGGUUGAGCUCAGGGACUCGGAGGUCACGGUCUUGUCCCUCUGCACAACAGAAAGAAGCAGACACUGUAACGGAGAAGUCAAGGCAUUCUGAUUGUGAUUCCUUGAGAGAUGCAGCAGGCAAGACGAAUUCGGCUAUGACUGCUACACCGACGACUAGCUCAAAAUAUACCAGGAGGCAGAUGACCCUCUUGAACAUGUUCCAGAGCCAAUCAAGAUAACGCCUCUUCAGGAAGGGAUAUCAAAGAAAAGUGCUCCUUCACUAGAAUGUCAUUCCACUUGUCCCUUUGUCGUUCCAGUUUUAUCAGUUUCCAAAAUAAGAUGAUCGUCUUUAUUUCUGUUGGUAUUUGAAGCAUGUAAAACAGGAUCAAGACACUGUUUGCUGUUUAAAAUGAAACUUCAUAUCUUCUUCCAGAAGUUUGAGAAAUCAAACUAUAAAAUGAAUUGUAAAAAGUACUUCUCUGUUUUUUUUUUGCUGUCUUGAAUAAUUUUGUUAAUAAAAGACUACAUUUCAGGAAAGUGAAAGGAAAUAUUAGUUGCUUAUUGAGAUAUUUAAAUAUCUUAAUAUUCAUUCAUAAGAUUAAUAUGAUAACUGUAGAGCAGAUUCUAAAUUUAGGGAAGGAACUUGUCUUUGGGGAAAGAAAGUUUAGAGAAUCACUCUCUGUAUCCUUUUCAAUAUUACAGGUUUUCCAAUGACAAGUUCCUGAAUUGCAAGGUGUUACAUUUAUGGGGUAAUUGUUGGGCUGCAUUCAGGUUAUCAAUUUAAAAAAGACAGUGACUUCUGACAGUGGGUUAGUAUUGUUAAGUAUUUGCUUAAAUGGGUUGAAAGCUGAACUAGUUUUGUUUUCCAGGGUUUAAGUAAACUCUAACCCUUUGUUAUACAGUUACUACUGUUAUAAUAUGCCACAUUGAAAUUAUCUUGCAAUCGAGAAAAAACUGUAUAGUGCCAUGUAUUUUAUUUCACAUUUUUUUACUGUGUACAUCCUUUGUACGCUGUUGAUCAGUUUUACUCUGUGUUAACCAGUUAUUGCUGAAAAAUAGAACUAUGAAAAAUAUAUUCUUUUUUUUCCAUAUUCCAAAGAUGUUUAGCAAUAAAGGAUGUAGUUUGAGAAA